CCGCCGCGGGCGGGCUGGCUGGCAGGCGGCGGGCCCGCAGUGGCGCGGCGUCCGAGCUGUGCGACCGGGGGAUGGCCAUGGCCGCCUCUCCGGGCCCCGCCGGCGUUGGCGGCGCCGGGGCCAUGCCAGGCUCCGGCCCAUCCAGCUUCGGCUUCGACUCGGGACUCGAGAUCAAAACUCGCUCGGUGGAGCAGACGCUGCUCCCGCUGGUUUCCCAGAUUACCACACUUAUUAAUCACAAAGAUAAUACCAAAAAGUCUGAUAAAACUCUGCAAGCAAUCCAGCGUGUAGGACAAGCCGUCAACUUGGCAGUUGGAAGAUUUGUUAAAGUAGGGGAAGCUAUAGCCAAUGAAAACUGGGAUUUGAAAGAAGAAAUAACUAUUGCCUGUAUUGAAGCUAAACAAGCAGGAGAAACGAUUGCAGCACUUACAGAUGUAAGCACCCUGCAUCACCCCGAAUCUGGUGGCCAGAUCACCAUUUUUACAGACAAAACAGGAGUUAUAAAGGCUGCGAGAUUACUCCUUUCUUCAGUGACAAAAGUGUUGCUGCUGGCAGACCGAGUGGUCAUUAAGCAGAUAAUAACAUCGAGAAAUAAGGUUCUUGCAACUAUGGAAAGACUGGAGAAAGUGAAUAGCUUUCAAGAGUUUGUCCAGAUAUUCAGUCAAUUUGGAAAUGAAAUGGUGGAGUUUGCACAUCUAACUGGAGAUAGACAAAAUGAUCUGAAAGAUGAAAAGAAAAAGGCAAAAAUGGCAGCAGCGAGGGCAGUUCUUGAAAAGUGUACAAUGAUGCUUCUCACAGCUUCAAAGACGUGUCUCAGGCAUCCCAACUGUGAAUCGGCCCAUAAAAACAAAGAAGGGGUAUUCGACCGAAUGAAAGUGGCACUGGAUAAGGUCAUUGAAAUUGUGACUGACUGCAAGCCCAAUGGAGAGACUGAUGUUGCAGCCGUCAGUAUUUUUACCGGGAUUAAAGAAUUCAAGAUGAAUAUAGAAGCUCUUCGGGAGAAUCUUUAUUUUCAGUCAAAGGAGAAUCUCUCCGCGACGUUGGAAGCCGUCUUGGAGCGCACGGAGGACUUCACCGAUUCCGCCUACACCAGCCACGAGCACAGGGAGCGCAUCCUGGACCUGUCGGCCCACGUGAGGGCGGAGCUCCAGCAGUUAGCCUCCGUGUGGAUGCAAGCCCAAAGCAAGAGAACAAAAAGCAUCGCUGAAGAGCUGGAACUCAGUAUAUUGAAAAUCAGUCAUGGCCUCAAUGAACUUAAGAAAGAACUUCACAGUACAGCAACUCAGCUGGCAGCAGAUCUGUUAAAGUACCAUGCUGAUCACGUGGUUCUAAAAGCGUUAAAACUUACGGGAGUAGACGGAAAUUUAGAAGGUUUGGCUGAAUAUGCCUGUAAAUUCUCAGAACAGAGAGAGCAGCUUGUCGAGACCUGUCGAUUGUUGCGACAUGUAUCUGGGACAGAACCUCUUGAGAUAACAUGCGUCCAUGCAGAGGAGACAUUUCAGGUGACUGGCCAGCAGAUAAUUUCUGCUGCUGAAACAUUGACAUUGCAUCCAUCUAGUAAAAUUGCUAAAGAAAACCUAGAUGUAUUUUGUGAAGCAUGGGAAUCCCAAAUUAGUGACAUGUCAACAUUGCUAAGAGAAAUCAAUGAUGUGUUUGAAGGAAGACGAGGAGAGAAGUAUGGCUACCUUUCACUUCCCAAGCCCAUGAAGAAUAAUGCAAACCUGAAAUCAUUAAAGCCAGAGAAGUCUGACUCUGAGGAGAAAGCCAAGAUUGCAAAGCUUGGACUUAAGCUGGGUUUGCUCACCUCCGAUGCCAACUGUGAGAUCGAGAAGUGGGAGAAUCAGGAGAAUGAGAUUGUUCGAUAUGGGCGGAACAUGUCCAGGACGGCCUAUUCUCUAUAUUUAUUUACUAGGGGAGAGGGGCCACUGAAAACUUCCCAGGAUUUAAUUAAUCAAUUAGAGGUUUUCGCUGAAGAGGGCUUAAAGGUUGCUUCAAGUGCACAAGCUUUCUCAAAACAGCUGAAAGAUGACGACAAGCUUAUGCUUCUCCUGGAAAUAAACAAGCUAAUCCCUCUAUGCCACCAGCUCCAGACAAUAACUAAGACACCUGUGCAGAAUCAAGGGCUUGUAAAGGUUGAUAAAUGUAUUACAAAGACAAGAUCCAUGAUGGCUAUUUUGGUCCAGCUUCUCUCACUUUGCUUUAAACUACUGAAGAAGCUUCAGAUGGAAAACAACAGAUGGGUCUCAGUCACGAAUAAAGACUCCGUGGAUGAAGCCACAGUGUCAGAGUUCCGCUUUGCCUCAGAGAGGAAGGCCAUCCUGUGGCAUAAGGACUAGAGAAGUUUUUAGAAAGAGAAAAGCAAAAGAGGAGCAGGCUGGGUCCAUGGCUGGGCAGAUCUGAG